CAGCAGAUUUUGAUUUUUGACCUGUACAAUCGAUUUUUUUUAAACAAUGUUGUUUUUCGCAACAACAUAACUAAGGUUUAAAGUCGAUGUUCAUGAAGUAUUGCUUCGAUUAAACGUGGAUAAAAAUAAAGCAACCUCGCAGUAUGGGGACCGCGGUGGGAUUUGCGUUUAGAAAACUUUUAGUUUAUUUGUCGGCUGUGGUCAUGGUUUGCUUUGCGGUCAUGCAGAUGUUCUUGCUUAAACUAAUAUCAAUCGUAUCUCCGGGCCUGGCGAAAAACAUGCUAUUAGAACGCGGAAAGAAGUCUACGAUGACCCAAAAUCCCAAAUUCAAAUUUGAAGACUGGGGUCCGACGUUCUUUUCUUGGGUGUUCGUUAAAACCGUGUUCUCCGUGAACUGGUGCUCGCUUGGCCUCGAGGCGUUUGAGGGACACGCGGCUCCAGAUACGCCUGUUUAUACUGUGGAUAGACAGAAAACAAGUAUUCAGCGUUACCUCAAAGGUAACCGUCCACUGGUUCUGAGUUUUGGAAGCUGCACAUGACCCCCAUUUCUUUACAAACUUGAUGAGUUCAAACAGCUCGUCAAGGAUUUCAGUGAUAUGGCAGAUUUCCUGGUUGUUUACAUCGCUGAGGCUCAUGCAACCGAUGGCUGGGCCUUUGCAAACAAUGUUGACAUCAGUGUACAUAAAAACUUGGAAGAGAGACUGGCCGCAGCCCGGGUCCUGGUCGGAGAAGACCCUCUUUGCCCUGUCGUAGUGGACGAAAUGAGCAACAUCACUGCCAGCAAGUACGGUGCUCUUCCCGAGCGUCUGUACGUCCUUCAGGGUGGGAAAGUUAUCUAUCAGGGUGGCAUUGGUCCUUGGGGGUACAAGCCUGAAGAAGUCCGUAAAGUUCUGGAGAGAAUGAAAUAAAAAAAACGGAGUAUAGGGAAAAAUUGAGGAAUGGGGGUUUAAAAGUCAGCACAUUUAUGUUAGGGUCUAUUAAGUGGAAAAUUCAGUUCAAAUAAUGCAAAUGAAAUCCUUUCUCUAAGUGAAAUUACUUGCAAAGCAUUAAACAUGUUCCAAUAUAAACACAAAGAUAACAUUAAAAAAAAUUACUGUUUAUAUUUCUAGAAUUCUGACAUUAUAGUAUUUGUGCUCAUUUCCAGUUUUCCUGUGUUUGCUUGUGAAAGAUACAGAAUAAACCAACCGGUCUCUGUAACUUGAUGUGUCAAACACAGCGAAACAUGAAAUUGAGGCAGGACAUAAAACAGCAUUAUUAGAUGUAUUUUUAUCUUUCUUAUCUAUAUCAAUAUAUAAGCUGUUUGUUUAAUUAUUUCUUUCUAUUGUUUUCAGCUAUCAAUGCAAAUGCAUGAUUGCCAUACCAGCAUUCAAUUUAAUAACCAUAAUCUUGUUUCUCAUCAGAGACAUGCUUAUCUUGUUUUGUACAAUUCAACUUGUGACUGUAAACAAUAAUUUCAGGUAUAAUCUUUGCUAUCUGUAAAUUGAUAAUUCAGUCAUUAGUCAUAAGUUUAAGCAGCAUUGAUUUGAAAUUAUACUGACCAAAACCAUUAA